UUAUCUUUCUGUCGUUCCUGUUUUCGUCUUUAUUUUCAACUACACAUCAUUUAGAACAAUGUGCAUGGUGUUAUUAUAUCUGAUUUGUGAUGAUAUAUUCACAAACAGUAGAUAGUAUUUUAUUUAAGGUACUUUAUCUUUUGCUAUUAUUGUAAAGAGGAGAGAUAAAUACAGAGGGGAAUACACUGUAGUUCAUAUGAAGUUGAUUAAAGAGAGGAUAUUACACUUAUUACUUUAGAUUUAUAUUGUAUUAUUUUAUAUAUCUAAAGCUUCUUAAGAGCUUUACAUUAUUUACAGUUACUUUAUUUAAUCCUCUUUCCCUUUAAGACAAUCCAGCAAUCCAGAACCCUGCAUUCUGGAAGCCUCCUUCGCUGUUACCAGGUGACAAAGUUGUUCUGUUGGGGAAAUUCACUAUCUGGUGAUGCCAUGAUUCAGGCAAAUUUCAUAUUUACCUUAUGUAUUGUGUAAAUCUUUGAACCCGACAUUCAGAGCACCCUGUAGUGCCAUCUGGAGAUUAUUUCAACACACAUUAAUGUGACAAUCUGAAACUUAACUCAUGUAUAGUUAGUACUGACAUCCAAGGUUUGAAUUAAAGUUUGUUUUCAAAAGUGAAAAAAGAAGCACAAUACCACCUCUUUAACUGUCUAAAGACUGACUAUUGAUUUGUAAAUGUAUGCGUCAUGAGCACGGUAUGGAAAAUCUGUAAUAAUUGUUUCCGUCACUGCUGUAACUGUAACACUACUGAUUUGUUCAUGCCAAUAGUGCCAUUUGAGUUUAAACUUGGAAGAGACAGAGAGAGAGAGAGAGAGAGAGAGAGAAAGAGGAAGUGAUGGUGAGAUAAUUAGAGGGGUACCUGUUUGACUCCUGUCUCUUAGACCAUUUUCAACUGAACUGUGAGAGGACUCUGAGGAACUGUAAGAGUCUGUGGAAAGCGUAGUCAUGGUGAGUCAAAUCAAACCUUUAUUAGUGGCCUUUGUGAUUAUUGAUCACAGAUUGCUAAUGCUUUAUAGCCUGGACAAAAAAAGAGAACAAAAAGAAAUUAAAUUAGAGAUGUUUUUAAUUUGUAAAAAAGCUGAUUUACAUUUUUUAUUUAUUUAUUUUAAAUAUUUUGUGGAUACUUCAUUUGUCACAUCUUUCAUUGUAUUUUGCUACGACAAUUAGCUUUCAUUUAAAAAAUUAAAAAAAGUACUCAGUAGGUGAAUUUGACAUCCUUACAUACUAGUCUAAGUUUCCCAAGCUAGACUUUAUCUGAAGACAUUUUCAAAUCCAGAAACUGGGAUAAGUAAUGAAAUACAAUUAUGGUCAAGUUCGAUUAUUUACCUGUCAAACUAAACCUGUUUAAUUGAAAUUAAAGAUGUGAAGUUCAUCAUUUGAUUAUUUGAAAAUAAUCAAAUAUGAAGAUCGUUGGCAGUUUUUUGACGGAGGUAGAAAAAGUAUGAAGAUGUUACACCUGAAUAAGAGCAGAAAAUUUGUUAUUCUUGAGCUGAAUGAUGAUCUGUGUUUAAAUGUUACACAGACAAUAACAUAAGCAGUAGCUGGUCAGAUUAAAUCAUACUUUUUAUAAGCUAUUGAUUUGGUGCAAUGCAUUUUUUAAUGUUCAAACAAUAACAGUUAUAUUAAUAGUGUAAUGAAGACAGCAUCAUAAAAUAAAUAUUCAGCUCAUGAUGAAGAAAUCUUACUGUCUCCAAAUCCCUCCAGAUGUCAGAUACCAGGGUGUCCUCUGUCAUCCAGGAGUGGACGAGCUCAUACCAAGGUCAGCCUCACAACCAGACCACCUCAAACCAAGCCAAUUCGAGCAAUCAGUUGACUCCGAUGGACAUGAUACCAUACAGCCAGUCUCAGGGGCUGAUACGAGGAAGCAGCGAUGACAGGGUGGCAGAGCAGAUUAUGGGACUGUCUUACCUGCCGUACACAACUUCCUGUAUUAGCAACACCUCAAGCACAGGGACCACAAACCACCACCAGAGCCACACCAACUCCCAGCAGGUGUGUGUUUAUGAAAUCCAUUUUCAUUUUUUUUGCUGUACAGACAGAGCAAACACUUAACAGCUUGAAUAUUUCUGCAGGACUUCUCCUUCCUCCUACCAACUCUGCGGGCUCCAAUUAACAAGAGGAGCAUCAGCAAGGACAGCGCCGAGUACCGCCUGAGACGUGAGAGAAACAACAUCGCUGUGAGGAAGAGCCGGGACAAGGCCCGCAGGAGGAUCCUGCUGACCCAGCAGAGAGCCUUGCAGUUGCAGGAAGAAAACCAGAGGCUCCAGACGAGGAUAGGACAGCUCACACAGGAGCUGGACACUCUCAAACACAUACUGUCACAGCGACAUCUGCAUGGAGCCGAGGACGGAGCAGCAGGAGAGUCAGGCAUUUAAAGUCGAACCCUCAACCCCUUUCUUUUCAUUCUGUAACAGCUGACUGUAAACAUUGAUCAUUAGGGCCAGGCAGGCCUGACAAGCUUGUAGCUUCUGCUCACAUAUUUUUAAUCUGCUGAAAAGCCAAGAGGCAGAUUCAAAAUAUUUCUAUCAACUAUUUAGUCUGUAUCCCUGUAUUCCUAUCUAUGCACAUUUUUAAUUCAUGAAGACGAUGUCUGUGGAAGAGCAGGGAAAACGUUCAGUCAAGUAACAACUAGUGUGGACAAAAGCUUCAAAAUAAGAUAUAACAAUAGAAGUCAUACACACAGAAAUUAUUUAGGAAAUGACAUGGAUUAAAUAGUUUUGAGUUCUUUAGUUAAGAGGAUCAUGACAUGUUAGUUUUGUUAUGACAUUGGGGCUUUUUAAAAUUGUGGAUGUGCAGUUUUGAAGAUGUGACAUUUUCACGUAAAGAUUCCAGAAGAGACGGAAAGCUGCAUGUUUACUGAAAACCUCUCUAAAACACAUUUUUGGCAGACCUUUCAAAAGGACAAUCAUCCCUUUGCUUUGCGCUAAUUAGAUAAGAAUCAAAUUGUACAGCGUUGCUUCAUCAUCUACCUUACACUUCUCAUCAUUGUCCCGCUGAUUGUAAGUGUUGUUGCCCAAUAAGUUACACAACAACCUGUGGUUUCUAAGGGCAUUAAAGCGAAAUCUAAGUAUCUCUCUGUAUAAAGCAAAACCCUUUGUCUGAAUAAGCGGAUUACUUUGACUAAAAUGCUGCAGUUUUGAUUCACAUGUUGAAGUUUUAACUUUGUUGUUGGAUAUGUGUUAUAUUCUAUUGUGCCACUCUGCUCAAGCAAAACUCUGUCAAAGAUUUGUUUAAAUGAAAAGCAGCUGCUUGUGUUUGAUAAGAAAAACAAUAAAAAUACUUCAUAAAAACAUAAAAUGUAGAGAUAUAACGUCUA